CUGACCCCAAAAAAAGGGGUCGCGUUGUGCUCUGACCACCUCCGCAUCCCCCUCUGCAAUAGCCGUCGCGAUCUCUGCAUCGCCCGAAGCAUCACCGCCGCCGCUUGCAGUCGCUCCUCCUCACCAUGCGGCGCUUCGUCACCGACAGGGCGCGCCGCGCGGUGUCCGCUUCCCUGCGCGGCGCCACCAGACCAGCCGCGCCGUCUCCUGCUCCAGCUGCGGCACCGGCGCUGUCUCGACCUUCCCCUUCUGCUCCUUCGGCGAUGGCGGCCUACAUGGCGAGGGCCAUGUCCACUUCGGCCGCCGGUACGCCGCCAGUGUCACUUGACACCAUCAACCCCAAGGUCUUGGAGUUCAAAUACGCUGUUCGUGGAGAGAUUGUUACACAUGCUCAGAAAUUAGAACAAGAGUUACACAAAAAUCCAGAAUCGCUUCCUUUUGAUGAGAUGCUCUAUUGUAACAUUGGAAAUCCUCAUUCCCUUGGUCAACAACCUGUGACAUUUUUCAGAGAAGUCCUCUCUUUAUGUGAUCAUCCAGCUCUCUUGGACAAAAGUGAGACUCAUGCUCUAUACAGUUCAGAUGCUAUAGAGAGAGCAUGGCAAAUUCUAGAGAAGAUCCCAGGAAGAGCGACAGGGGCAUAUAGCCAUAGUCAGGGUGUGAAAGGUUUGCGCGAUGAAAUUGCUGCCGGUAUUGCUGCCCGUGAUGGUUUCCAUGCUAGUGGAGAUAACAUCUUCCUUACAGAUGGAGCAAGCCCAGCAGUCCACAUGAUGAUGCAGUUACUGAUAAGGUCUGAGAAGGAUGGCAUUCUCUGCCCUCUUCCACAAUACCCGCUGUAUUCUGCAUCAAUAGCGCUUCAUGGUGGCUCUUUUGUUCCUUAUUUCCUUGACGAAGAGACAGGGUGGGGGCUAGAGGUUGACGAGCUUAAAAAACAAGUAGACGAGGCUCGAUCUAAGGGUAUCACCGUCAGAGCGCUCGUGGUCAUAAAUCCGGGAAACCCGACUGGACAGGUUCUUGCAGAGGAAAACCAAAAGAAAAUUGUUGAAUUCUGCAAGAACGAAGGACUUGUUCUUCUUGCAGAUGAGGUUUACCAAGAAAACAUAUAUGUUGAGGAUAAGCAGUUCCACUCUUUCAAAAAGAUUGCACGGUCAAUGGGAUACACCGAUGAUGAUCUUCCUUUGGUAUCGUUCCAGUCAGUGUCGAAAGGUUACUAUGGAGAAUGUGGUAAACGAGGAGGCUACAUGGAAGUAACUGGAUUUAAUGCCGAUGUAAGGGAACAAAUUUACAAGGUGGCAUCAGUGAAUCUUUGUUCCAAUAUCUCUGGCCAAAUUCUCUCUAGCCUCAUAAUGAGCCCACCCAAGGUAGGGGAUGAAUCAUAUGAAUCCUUCAUGGUAGAGAGAGAUGGUAUUCUUUCAUCCCUGGCUCGGCGUGCAAAGGCCUUGGAAGAAGCAUUCAACAGUUUAGAAGGCAUCACCUGCAACAAGGCUGAGGGUGCAAUGUAUUUGUUCCCUCGCCUUCAUUUACCGCAGAAGGUGAUUGGGGCUGCCCAAGCAGCUGGUGCUGCCCCAGAUGCAUACUAUGCUCUCCGCCUUCUUCAAGCCACUGGAAUUGUCGUCGUUCCUGGAUCUGGAUUUGGUCAGGCUCCUGGAACGUAUCACUUCAGAUGCACGAUCUUGCCACAGGAGGACAAAAUCCCUGCAAUCAUAUCCAGAUUCAAGGAAUUCCAUGAGAAAUUCAUGGAGGAAUACUGUGAUGUUAGCUGUGAUGAAGCACCCACCAGUACUACAACUGAAAGCGGAUGAGAUUAAACGGGCAAUUCAAAACUUUGUCAAAAUAAUAAAGAUGAUGCAGUCGUGCCACCCCCGUUUCAACGGAUGAACCAACCUAACUUGCCCAAGCUUCUGUUACAUGCAGGCCUUGAAUCAAACCGUACAAAAUCUCGAGAAUUGUAUAUUUGCAAAACCAUGUGCUUUUUGCCUUGUUCUUAGGGCAUGGCAGAUGCAGGAUUUCACUAAACCUUGAUGCCAACUGAGAUGUUGCAUCGGCAGCGCAUCCCUGCCUGGGUAAUGUUAUGGGGGAAAAUCUUACUGUGUACAUGUUCGGUUCUUUGAUCGGUGUUGGAGUUUCUUCAUUGCUCCUGGACCAUGCUACUUGUAAAAGAUACACUGCACGCACACCAUGUUAUAAAAUCAGAACUGAUACUGGAUGUUUAA